GAAGAUAACUAUUUAAGGAAGAGGAAGCAAAGCAGAAAGGAUGUCUGAAAAAAUGAGUAACUGACCCAAGGCUCAUGUGUCAGAUCAGCAGUGGCUCCAUCAGUUAUUUGUUUGUUUGUCUUUUUUCAUAAAGAUGCUCAAUUUCAUGGUUUUCUCUCAUGUUUGGCUCCUGAUCCACUGCAUAGAAAACUCCACAGGAUUUCUGGGUCAGAGCUUCACAUUUAGAGACGGUCGCUCUCCUCCAGACGUGAUCCGGUUCUCAGUCCCAGAGGAUCACCAUGUCUGCAUGCCCUGUGGCACCAUCAACUCAGACGUGAUCUGGACUUUUGAGGACAAAAACGUCCUCGUGACCCGGCGGGGCAGCUACCAGACCAACCGGGACCACCAGCGCUACCACCUCCUGACGGACGGCAGCUUCUGCCUGUUGCAGCUUGACCAUUCUGACGGUGGAAAUUACAGCUGCAACCAGAGGCCGGUGGCCGACCUGCAGGUGCUCACAGGUCAGGAUUUCAGGGUGUCUGCAGGCCGGACGCUGCUGCUCCCCUGCAGAAGCUCCUCCAAACCCAAACAGAGGUGGUUCCGACAGAAAGCAGGGGAAAGGCGACAGGCAAUAUUCACUCGUUUCAGAAACGGUACAGAAAAAUCUGAGAUAGAAGGAAGUCGACUGAGCUACAACAAUGAUGCACUGCAGAUCCAGGACCUGCAGCCAGAGGACACUGGAGAGUAUCUGUGCAAUGGAGAGCUGCAGGCCAGAGUUACCAUCUUUACAGUACAACCUCGGCCAACCAGCAUCCUGUCAGCCACCAGUACAACUCCACCAUCUUCUGACACAACGACAGAUGUGGAUGAAGUAAGGAACAAAACAAAGAGAAGACUUGGAAGUGUUCUGCUGGUUGCUGUCACUGGUUUGGGGUUGAUGAUCAUCUUCUUGGCGGCUGGUUGCAUUAUGCUGAUCAGCAUAAAGUGCAGGAGGAAAAAGAAGAACAAAUAUAGAGACACACAGCAACAUGACGACACAGAGCUGCAGCUGUGGAAGACACACAGCCCGCAAACUGAGUACGAGGUGUUGGAGACGUCAUCCCUGCCGGAGGAGACAAUACAUUACGCCGUUCUGGGUCGACCAAAUUGGAGGGACAGAACCAACUGGUCUCCUUCGGAUCAGAGCCACCAUGUCAUCUACUCCUCUGUCAUGACCAGACCUGCCACCCAAAACACAGUCUACUGAACCUGGUUCAGUUCUACUGACUCUCUCACGUUUGUCUUUGUUCAAUAGGGCUGAUGUCAUUGGGCUUGUCAUUUCAAGUGUCUAAGUUUAGUCCUUUCUCAAGUUUAAACUCAGCGGCCUGUCCUCACAAUGCACAGGUGUUAAAGACUUUAAGUCUUUGGAUUUCUGGGACCUAUUGCAAGGUUCAUUUUUAUUUUGAGCAGGAAAUGCUUUCUGCACUUCUCUCUGCAAUGAAAAUCCAUGAUAUUAAAUCU